AUCCUACUUCCAGUGACGUUUUCAGUAACUCCUCCCCUCCUGGUCCUCUCUCCUCCUGUUGUCUCCUCUGCCACUCUGUGUACUCCUCUCAUCCUGUCUGCUUAAGUGUUAGUGAAGCUGCUGUGAGACGCUGCAACCAUGGCUGCUACUGGAUCUUACCGUAUGGUGUCAGAGGAGGAGCAGGCAAUGAGGUCCAAGCUGGAGCAUUUGACAGUGAAGGAUCAUGGGCCUGUGUUUGGGCCGUGCCAGAAACUCCCUGCCCACACUGUGCAGAAGGCGAAGGAUGAGCUGAAUGAGACGGAUGAGAGGCGGGCGUCGUCUCUGAAGGACCUGCGGGCCAUGAUGAAGGAGAGAGCAGCGGAGGGAGACGACCUGGCCAAACUGGUGCUGGAGCGCUUCGGGGACAAACCGGACUCUCUGAUGCUGCGUUUCCUCAGAGCUCGCAAGUUUGACGUUGUCAGAGCCCACGAGCUCAUGAAGGGUUACGUGCGCUUCAGGAAGGAGUAUCCUGAGCUGUUUGAGAACCUGACCCCUGAGGCAGUCCGCAGCACUAUCGAGGCGGGUUACCCUGUGGUUCUGCCCAGCAGGGACAAGUACGGCCGUGUAGUCCUGCUCUUCAACAUCGAGAACUGGGACCUGGAGGAGAUCACAUUCGAUGAGAUCUUAAGAGCGUACUGUGUGAUCUUGGAGAAGUUGCUCGAGAAUGAAGAAACCCAGAUUAAUGGCUUUGUCCUGAUUGAGAAUUUCAAGGGCUUCACCAUGCAGCAUGCCUCAGGAAUUAAACCUGCUGAGCUCAAGAAGAUGGUGGACAUGCUGCAGGACUCUUUCCCUGCACGUUUCAAGGCGGUCCAUGUCACUCACCAGCCCUGGUACUUCACCACUACAUAUAACGUGGUCAAACCCUUCAUGAAGAGCAAGCUGCUGGAGAGGGUCUUUGUUCACGGUGACGAGCUGGACAACUACGUCAAAGAAUUUGAUGCGGACAUCCUGCCUGCAGAUUUUGAUGGGAAGGCCUCUGUUACUGACUGCCAGGCCAUCGCCACCAAGCUUUUUGGCUCUGAAGACACUGCUCUCUGAAAGAACAGUCCUCCCAUUUCAAAGAGUUAUAGUGUCCUUCACCCUAGAUGCUUCUUUCAUGAUCAGAUCAAAUAUGUGGUCUGUUUGGAAGCUAGGUUGACAUUUUUAUUAUUAUUCAGUCAGCUCAUAUGAGUAAAAAGAAGUAUCUAGAGUUAGGAGCAGGGGAUGGUUUGCAAAUAUAUGGUGAUAUAAAUGGGAAAGAAAAAGGAUGUUUAGAUAUUACAGAGAGAAUAUUGAUGGUUAAUGUUUGUUAUAUUACAGCGCUGACAUUCCUCGUCACAUGACAUGCGGAGGGAAAAUGAGGGAGUUGAUUAUGUGACGAUGAAGCUCACAUCCAGAAUGAGUCCGUCUGGUUUGUCUGGAGCUCUUCGCCUUAAAAAUUAAUUUCACAACAUACACAACAGCCUUGUGCCUACAGUCCUGUCAGAUGAAUGAGUACAGAAGUGUAUCGCAGCGUCGGGGGUAAAUUUUAGAGAGAUGUGAAGAGGGAAAACUGAUUAUGGAUACGCCUGCAUUUGAUUAAUGUUUAAGGAGCAGGAGCCUCCUGAUGCAUUGCCAUGGAAACAGUUGUUUGUCUCAACAGCCUUGUUUUGAGUUGUGACACUCAGAUGCCUGAUGUACCACAAAGAUCCAUUCUGCGAUUUGCAUUGGAUUGAGACAUUUUUAAUUAAAUAGAUUUUUUUGCUG